AUGAGCCUCAGAUUCACGCGUGGAUUUGCUUCUAAAGCUAGAACGUGGGGUGUUUGGAGCGAGUUUCAAAGCAGGUCUUCCUCUUUGAAGAUCCCCAACGAGAAGAUCAGAAGUGAUCUCUUCAACGGUAUCUCACCAGAAGAAGGCCCCAACUCAUACAAUGUCCCAACACACAGAAAGACCUACCACUCUCCUUUGCUCAUCGAUCCAACUUUCCAGCAAGCAUACGACAUUUUGGAGAAUGAGGCAGAGAGCAUACACAAGGAGGCCAAGGCCAAUGAGAGCGAAGACCUCUUGGUUAAAGCUGAACUCAAGAACCCAGAAGUGCUCCACAACUUCAACACCGGCAAGGCUGACCUUUCUUUGCCAGUUUACAGACACCUCGCUGAGGAAAAGUGGAAGAGUCAUGAUCUUAUGGUCACCAUGCAAAGAUUGGAGUCGCUACAUGUCAUCCCAGACACUUUGCCAACCUUGGACCCUAAAGUUGAUGUGAAGGUUAGAUUCGGUCACAACACUCGUUCCGAGUUCAUUGGAGACAUUGAGCCGGGUACCAUCUUGCCAGCCUUUGCUGUUUCUAUCCCACCAACUAUCGAAGUCCAGGAAUUCAACUCCUCGGACUAUGACUUGGGUCUUUACACAGCUGUGCUUGUCAAUCCAGACACUCCAGACUUGGAAAAGAACUCUUUCAAAACUACCCUCAACUACGGCUUGCACAACGUUCCUUUGACCUACACCGACAACAAGAUUCUGCCAGCUAAGCUCAUGUCCAACCCUGAAUUCAUUUUCCAGCAAUACACUCCUCUCUUACCUGAGAAGAACGCUCAGACACAAAGAGCCUGUUUGUGGGUUUUCAGACAAUCUAAGGAGCUCAAGGAUUUGAGCUUCGACGCUGAAAACUUCAACAUCAGAGAAUUCGCUGAAUCCAACGGUCUCACUGCUGUGGGUGCUCACGUGUGGAGACAGGCAUUCGACAGAUCUGUCAACGAGACUAGAACCAAGUACGGUCUUCCACUGGGCCGUGUGUUCAAGAGAGUGAGAGGCACCAAGCCACUCGUGUAA